UCCUUUCUUCCAUUCGCUCAUCCCACACUCCGCUCCGCUCGCUCGCUUCACCGAAACGAAAAUCCCAUCGAAAUCCAAGAGAGAUCCCGUCUCCUCUCGCUUCUCUUCUCUUCCCUUUUUUUUUUCAAACUCGCGGAAACCAACAGCCGCCGCCGCCGCCCGAGUCCUCUCGCUUUCUCUCUCCCCCGCUCCUCCGCUCCGCCGCCGGUUCGAUCCGAGGAAAGGUUCGAUCCGAGGAAGAGAGAGGUUGUCCUGAGAAGGCGGCGAUGCCGCUUCCGGAAUCGCCUCAGUGGCACCAGAAGGCCACGGAUUUCUUCUCUUCCUCCAGCUUCAAGCUGAAGCAGGCAGGGCAAUCUGCAGGGGACAAUAUAGCUGAUGUUGCUGGCAAGGUUGGUUCAGUGGUUAAGAAUCGGUGGGCUGUCUUCCAGGAGGCUCGGCAGCGACGACCACCACCAGGCGAGACUGUGCAAGAUCGUUUUAUCUCUGCUGCUGCCAAUACUGGGGUGCUUCUGAGGAAGGGUAUUUCAGAGACGAAGGAGAAAGUUGCAGUGGGAAAGGUCAAAGUUGAAGAGGCUGCUAAAAAAACUGCAGAUAAAAGCAAGACUAUUUUGAACAAUAUUGAACGCUGGCAGAAGGGAGUCGCCAGCACUGAUGUCUUCGGUGUUCCCAUUGAAGCCACUGUGCAGCGAGAGCAAUCCGGUAAAGCUGUGCCCCUGGUACUUGUGAGGUGUGCAGAUUAUCUGGUUAUAUCAGGUUUGAGUACUGAGUACUUAUUCAAAUCAGAAGGCGAAAGAAAAGUUCUUCAGCAAUUAGUUUCUCUUUACAAUGAAGAUUCAGGUGCACUUUUGCCUGAAGGUGCAAAUCCCAUUGAUGUGGCUGCACUGAUAAAGUGCUAUCUUGCCAGCAUCCCUGAGCCGCUCACCACAUUUGCUCUUUAUGGCGAGCUUAGAGAUGCACGGGUUAGCAUUGCAGAUUUAAGAAAUAUAUUGAAGAAGCUUCCAAAUGUGAACUACAUGACACUAGAGUUUGUUACAGCUCUGCUACUUAGAGUAAGCCGUAAAUCAUCACUUAACAAGAUGGACUCUCGUAGCCUUGCGGUGGAAUUUGCACCAUUGAUCAUGUGGCAGCAAGGUGAUUCUGGAACAGAUCUGCGGAAUCAUCUUAGAUUUACCCUAAAAGCACCUCCAAAAAUUGUGGAUACAACAUCAAAUACCACUGACUGGGAUCUGCUAGAUGAGGAUGAUGGGGAUGCUUCUUCCCAAAUCCCCUUGGAUGACGCUUUGCCCCCAGAUUACAGCUCAAUUGAGGUCAUCCAAUCUCUGAUUGAGCAUCACAAUGCCAUUUUCACUGAUGCAAAUGAGACCGUAUGGAGAUAGCCAGUACCGUUAGGAUUUCACUGGUGUUAUUAGCUCGUGCGAUGUGCAAGUUCCAGGUAGGAUUGAGUACUCCACAUUGUCGUCAGGGAGGCACAUUUUGGUCGAAAUACUUCGUUAAAUAGAUUUGUAUAUACACUAGUAUUAAUUCUCGACAGGAGGAAUCUAUUUGUAGGGCCCUGGCACGUAUGAUCAAUAAAGCUUUUUCUGCAGCCUUAUUGUUUUGGCUGUAAACAUGGUA